CAGUCCCGCCUCGCGGCCCGGAAGUGCGCGCGCACCGGCGAGAUGGUGGCGGCGGGCGUCCCGCUGGGGGUCCUGCUCCGCCUCUGCCGCGUGCUGUUGUUCCUCUCCCAGUUCUACAUCUUGUCGGGCGGGGGAUCCUUAAAUUUAGAGCAGUCGCAGCCGCUGGCUCAGUCAAUAAAGGAUCCGGGCCCAACACGUACUUUCACAGUAGUUCCCAGGGCAGCAGAAAGUACUGAUAUCCCACCUUAUGUGAUGAAGUGUCCAAGUAAUGGUUUGUGUAGCAGACUUCCUGCAGACUGUGUAGAAUGCAGGACAAAUUACUCCUGUGUCUAUGGGAAGCCUGUCACUUUUGACUGCACAGUCAAACCUUCUGUUACCUGUGUUGAUCAAGACUUCAAAUCCCAAAAGAACUUCGUCAUCAACAUGACUUGCAGGUUUUGCUGGCAGCUUCCAGAAACCGAUUAUGAGUGUUCCAACUCCACCAGCUGCAUGACCGUGUCCUGUCCUCGGCAACGCUACACUGCCAACUGCACGGUGCGGGACCACAUUCACUGCUUGGGUAACCGUACUUUUCCAAAAAUGCUAUACUGCAACUGGACUGGAGGUUAUAAGUGGUCUACUGCUCUGGCUCUGAGCAUCACCCUUGGGGGGUUUGGCGCUGACCGUUUCUACCUGGGUCAGUGGCGGGAAGGCCUUGGCAAGCUCUUCAGCUUCGGCGGCCUGGGGAUAUGGACGCUGAUAGACGUCUUGCUGAUUGGCGUUGGCUACGUGGGACCAGCAGAUGGCUCCUUGUACAUUUAGCUGCAGCUCCGAGCUUCAGAGGAGCAGUGCUUCCCAGUCUCUUUGCCUGUAGGAGUUGAUGUGCUGUGAGUAAUGUAUUUGUAUGUUUUUAAUGUACAGCAUCUGUACUUUGCCUGCCUUGAUAAAGGUAAAAUAAUAAAAAAAAAAAAAAACACCGAA